AUGUCUACUCCACCUUCCAAUAUGUUAUCUCGAUCUUCAUCAUCGUCGAAAUCCAUAGAUAAUGAUCAUCUUGAUAUUUCCACUCUAGCUACUCAAAUAGAACAUCUCGAAAGAAGACUAACUCCUAUUAUUGGAAAUCCUUCUCAAGAUUCUGAUGUGAAAAAGAGACCAAAGCCUAGUGGAUCGUUGACGAUGCGUAAAGGUGCGAUCAAUUUGCCUAUCUCAUCGACACAACCAGCUGUAGAUCUGACAAGUGAGGAAACACGUGCUAAAUAUCAAGAAAUAGUGCAGAAUUCUGGUUUAUUUUAUAUUAACGGAGAGAGACAACUUAUCGAACAGAAGGACAUAGUGAAAAUCGGUCUACUUGGCGUGGGCUCGUGUGGUGAAGUGUUCAAAAUGGAACACAAACCUAGUAAAAUGACUUUAGCCAUGAAAGUCAUGUCUCGAACAGUAUCUGAUGAGGAUAAUAAACGUAUCAUAAUGGAUUUAGACGUUCUGGACAAAAGUCAUAAUUUUCCGCAUAUCGUCCGCUGUAUUGGUUAUUUCAUUCGACAAACGGAAGUUUGGAUAGGUAUGGAAUUAAUGGCAUGUUGUUUCGAUAAACUUCUAAAACUAAUUAAACAGCCUAUACCUGAAUCUAUCCUUGGCAAGCUAACAUAUUCAACUGUAACUGCUCUCAACUAUCUCAAAGAAAAACAGGGUGUCAUGCAUCGAGAUGUCAAACCAUCAAACAUACUGAUCGACGAAAAUGGAAAUAUAAAACUAUGCGAUUUUGGUAUAUCUGGAGUACUUGUCGAAUCAAAAGCAAAAUCGAGAAAAGCUGGUUGUGCCGCGUACAUGGCACCGGAACGGAUCGGUCCAUCCGUGGCAGAUAAGCCUAAUUAUGACAUACGGGCAGAUAUAUGGAGUUUGGGAAUUGCAUUGAUUGAAUUGGCAACGAAUGCACAUCCGUAUGCAAAUUGUCAAACAGAUUUUGAUGUAAUGUCCCGUAUUGUGACCGAAGAACCACCUCAAUUACCUGCUGAUCUCUCCUUCUCUGAUGACUUUCGAUCAUUUGUAAAUAAUUGUUUAAUCAAAGAUUACCAACAACGUCCAAAAUAUGGUCCAUUAAUGUCUCAUCCAUUUUUCGUUCAAUCAACUGAACAGCCGGUUGAUGUUGCUGAAUGUGCUGCUUUUUUCAUCCAGACUCGUUCUGAAAAUGCUCGAUGUUUUAUCGAGACUCUCUCGUCAACGUUUUCAAGUGAAUUAGUUGUUCGCUGGAAAAAACAAAGAGUCGGGCACGAUUCAACGAUUAAAAUUUGUUAA